AUGAUGCCCCGGUUUCUUGACUUUGACCACCUGUGUGGUACUGAAAUUACACUCGACCAGCCUUCCCUUUCGCCCCCUCGCACGUUCGUCCUCGACGAAAAGAUAUCCGAAGACUACCAAACGAUGACUCGGCGGAUAUAUGAUCAAGGGUUGGGGCCUCCGUUUGCCGUCAUUAAGUUUUCUUGUCACAAUCUUCUGGACGCUGGUCAGCAGGGCUUCAUGCGUAUCUACUUGCAGAUCCCUAUUGAUGGUACCUUUUCUAGCGCUCCAGAAGUCCGAGCCCAGCAGGCCAUCAGCCAGCGCACCCACACGGAGCUCAAAGCGCUUGCGACUCUAGAUCGUGAAAACUGUACGGCAGUACCGAAAUUACUUGGCUAUGGGGAAGGGUUGCAAGGCACUGAAGAAUUCGUGCCUGGUGGCUACAUCAACUACGUUGCGUGGGCACGGGUACCUGGUGAACCCGUAGACUACUAUUCUUUCUGGAAACGCGACUUGGAAUACCGCCGGCAACUGCGUUCCGCCUUUCGUACCGCCUAUGAGUAA